AUGUCGACCUCAAAUACAAGAAUUGCUAUCGUCAGCACAGAUAAGUGCAAGCCAAAGAAAUGCAGACAAGAGUGCAAGAAAGCCUGUCCAGUCGUCAGAACAGGUAAGCUCUGUAUCGAAGUCACUCCAGAGUCUAAAAUCUGCUUCAUCUCGGAAAACCUGUGUAUCGGUUGUGGUAUCUGUGUUAAAAAAUGCCCCUUUGAUGCUAUCACCAUCAUCAACCUCCCUACCGAUCUUGAAUCUCAAGUCACCCACAGAUACUCAGCAAACUCCUUCAAGCUUCACAGACUUCCUACCCCUCGUCCAGGCCAGGUUCUCGGUCUUGUCGGCACAAACGGUAUUGGCAAGUCAACUGCUCUUAGAAUCCUCGCAAACAGAGAAAAGCCAAACCUCGGUAAAUAUGACGACCCUCCAUCCUGGCACGAUAUCCUCGUCCACUUUAGAGGAUCUGAACUCCAAAACUACUUUACAAAGCUUUUGGAAGAUAACCUUCGUGCAAUCAUCAAGCCCCAAUACGUUGACAACAUCCCCAAGGGUCUCAAAGGUUCCGUCAAACUCGUCCAUGAGCUCCUUGAAGCUAAAAAACAAAGAGAAGCUUCCUACGAUAAUAUCCUCAAAAUUCUCGAACUCAAGGGUAUCAUGAAGCGUGAGCUUCCUCAACUCUCCGGUGGUGAGCUUCAGCGUUUCGCCAUUGGUCUCUCUUGUAUCCAAAAGGCAGAUGUUUACAUGUUUGAUGAACCUUCUUCCUAUCUCGAUGUUAAGCAACGUCUCAACGCAGCCACCGUUAUCCGUGAACUUCUCGAACCCUCCGUUUACGUCAUUGUUGUCGAGCACGAUUUAUCUGUUCUCGAUUACCUCUCAGACUUUGUCUGUAUUCUUUACGGUGUCCCCUCGGUCUACGGUAUCGUCACCCUCCCCUCCUCUGUCCGUGAAGGUAUCAAUAUCUUCUUGGAUGGUCAUAUUCCCACAGAAAACAUGCGUUUCCGCACAGAGUCUCUUCAGUUCCGCAUGGUUGAUGCCUCGGAUAAUAUCCUCAUUGAUAAGGCUCGCAGUUUCUCUUACCCCUCCAUGUCCAGAACCCAGGGCGAUUUCCAACUUAAUGUUGAAAAGGGUCAGUUCAAUGACUCUGAAAUCAUCGUCAUGAUGGGUGAAAACGGUACUGGUAAAACCACCUUCUGUCGUCUUCUCGCUGGUAUGAUCGCCCCAGACAAUGGCAAGAAGAUUCCUUCCCUUAACGUCAGUUUCAAGCCCCAAACUAUUGCCCCCAAGUUUACAGGUACUGUCAGACAGCUCUUCUUCAAGAAGAUCCGUGCUUCUUUCUUGCAUCCUCAGUUCCAAACUGAUGUUGUUAAGCCUUUGAAAAUUGACAAUAUCAUUGACCAAGAAGUCCAGCAUCUCUCUGGUGGUGAGUUGCAGCGUGUCGCCAUUGUUCUGGCUCUUGGUAAGCCCGCUGAUAUUUACCUUAUCGACGAGCCCUCUGCCUACCUUGACUCUGAGCAGCGUAUCAUCUGCGCCAAGGUCAUUCGUCGCUUCAUUCUCCACGCUAAGAAGACUGCCUUCAUUGUCGAGCACGAUUUCAUCAUGGCCACAUACCUUGCUGAUAGUGUCAUUGUCUUUGAGGGUACUCCUUCCGUCAAGUCUUUUGCUAAGCCUCCAGAGUCUCUUCUCACCGGUUGCAACCGCUUCUUGAAGAACCUUAACAUUACCUUUAGACGUGAUCCUGUGUCUUUCAGACCCAGAAUUAACAAGCUUGGCUCUCAAAUGGACCAGGAGCAAAAGGCUUCUGGUAAUUACUUCUUCUUGGAGACUAAUGAUGCCUAG